UUUGAUUUAAUUUAAUACUAAAUACCAAAUAUCAUAGACGGUCACAAUAACAAACCGUAAACAUAAACAAAGGAAAUGGAUGAGGAGCAACAAUUUACGCCGGAACCGAAAAACUCCGCCCAAAAGGGCGCAGCAAAGCCUGCAAGCAUUCCGAGGGAGGUGAAACUUAAGCUGCAAAGGCAACUAAACAAACUGGGCUACUCACAGCAAAUCCUGCUCGAAGCAGCCAAGCAGCAAAAUCGAAAUUAUUCGAAUGGCGUUCUCCAGUAUGUGGCCACCAUGAUUGGCAGGGGCGAGGAAAUGGUGAAAAACUACGACUCCGUUAGCUUAAACAACAUUAACCAGUGGCUGGAGCUCAUGAAAAGCUCGCAACUCGCGGAGUUUUGCGAAUUCGAAGCAGCCGCCGCUGUGAACUCCAUAAUCCAAAAUGAGACGAAGCCAUCGCCAGCGGAACUGAACGGCAUUGACUUGAAUGAGGCCUACAAGUUUCUGGAAAACGCUUUGAUGGGCCAGCCGCAAAAGAAGAUGAGGGAUGCGACCAAGGAAUUCUUGUCCAAGGAAAUUGAGCUGCUCAUAGAGGAGGCAAACACCGACGAAUCCGACGAUGUGGCACGCAGCAUGGGGCAGCGUUUAUAUGACCACCAGUUGUUGGAUUACAUGGAACAGCGGCAAAAAUGCAGCUUGGAUCCACUGUUCCUGGACGAGAAGCUAACGUAGCGACUGUUAUUGAGCACACAGAGCAUUUAUUCAUUUCCACACAUUUAUUAAACAUUUAAAUUCAAUUGUUUGUUACAUACGUACAUUGUCACACGCAUUUGCACCGCUCCAUCAUCAUCAAUUGAUCAUCGAUCCCACGUUUAUACAUUAGUAUUACUAUGCCAAAUGCCCCAACCUGUGUACGUAUUAAUAUUCGAUAAUUACACUCAUAAUUAAGUACUUGACUAUAAACAGUUUUAGCACAUUUAAAAUCUA